UCGUCCAUUCGAGCCGAACUCGGCCGCCUUCUUUGUUCUUCAUCCAUCAAAACAAGGCGGUUUCACCCUCUUGUUCAACCACUCUCAGUCUCUAUCUUGUCACAUAACGCCACUAUGAUUCUCAGGAGUAAAACACUCGCUGCCGGUUCAGCGCUGGUCGCUGUAGCUUGUGCGUCGCAACCUGGAGCUAUCGAGCCCAUCCCCGGUCCCAUGAGAGAUCUUACUUGGGGUCAGCUCAAUUUUAUUCACACAACUGAUACUCAUGGCUGGAUUGGCGGUCACUUUCAGGAGCCCCAAUACUCUGCCGACUGGGGAGAUUACAUCUCUUUCACCAAACAUAUGCGUAAGCAAGCCGAUGAGCAAGGAACCGACCUUCUAGUCAUCGACACCGGCGACCGCAUCGAAGGCAAUGGCUUGUACGAUGCAUCCUCACCCAAGGGUCUUUUCCAGUACGAUAUCUACGCCGAAGCCGACGUCGACAUCCUCUGCACCGGCAACCACGAACUUUACAAGGCCUACUCGGCUGAUAAGGAGCACAACACCACGGUUCCAAACUACAAGGGUAAAUAUCUCGCUUCGAACCUAGACUACAUCGACUUUAAGACUGGCGAUCGUGUUCCCCAAGCUCAGCGCUACAAGAAGUUCAAGACAAAGAACCAGGGUCUCGAAAUUGUAGCUUUUGGCUUCCUUUUCGACUUUACGGGAAAUGCCAACAACACCGUUGUGCAGCCUGUGGAAGAUACCAUCAAGGAGGAUUGGUUCCAAGAGGCUAUUCGGGAGAAGCCGGAUCUCUUUGUUGUCAUUGGCCAUGUUGGUCUUCGCAUGGAGGAGUUCAAGGUCAUCUUUACCGCCAUUCGAAAACAGAACUGGCAUAUCCCUAUUGCCUUUUUCGGCGGCCAUGCACAUGUUCGAGAUGCUGUUCAGUAUGAUUCCAAGGCUUUUGCGAUAGCCAGUGGUCGAUAUUUCGAAACCAUUGGAUGGAUGUCAAUCGACGGAAUCAGCAAGGGCAGCACUAAGGAGGUCGAGGCCGCUGCUUCACCCACCUUUACUCGACGAUACAUCGACAACAACCUCUACGGACUACACUACCACACUGGCCUGAAUGAGUCAACUUUCCCCACUGUAGAUGGCAAGAGAGUGACUCAGAUGAUCACUCGUGCUCGCAAGGCCCUUCAGCUUGAUUACAAGUUUGGUUGUGCGCCAAAGACCCUCUGGAUGACACGAACCAAGUACACCGAUGAGGACAGCAUUUACUAUUGGAUCUCCAAUCAGCUUUUGCCUGAUAUCAUCACUCGCAAGGAUCGAAAAGACAAAGCUAGACUGGCCAUCUUCAACACAGGCGGUAUUCGAUUUGACAUCUUCAAGGGUGGCUUCACACGGGACAGCACAUAUGCUGUGAGUCCCUUUACCAGUGGUUUCAGCUACAUUCCGGACGUCCCGUACAAGGCUGCUUCCAAAGUCAUCGAUCUCCUGAACAGCGCCGGAAAGAUCUUGUCAGAGAACGGUGCCGAUGUCAAGUUCUUGGCUAUGCCUGAGCAGGCAUUCCCCGCUCCAGCCAUGAAGGCUAUGUUUGAGGCCAAUAAGGAGGAUGAGGACGAGAAGCGUCUUGAACUAAGGAGCUUCCUUGACAAACCUGACCUGACCUCCGGAUACACAACCAAAGACGACAUUGGAACUGAUGGUGAUGACACUAUUCACGAGCCUGUCAAGUUUUACGAGCAGCCCAACUGUGUUCAGGCUGAGAUCAAUAUGCCUGAGAAGGGUGAUCCCGAGACAGUUGACUUUGUGUUCCUUGACUUCAUCCAACCUUGGAUCAUCCCUGCCCUGAAGUUUGCUGGUGCAGGUGAUUACAGUGAUGCUGAUGUUCAGCGAUACAUUGAUGGUACUUUUACAUACCAUAUGGCGCAGUGGAUUAGCAAGAACUGGCAGGGUGACUGCUAGGUUAUUGUGCACAUAGAUGAACUGGGAUGCCCCAUGGAGUUUUGACAUUCGGGUUAGCAUAGUUAGAUCAUACUUUAUUGGUCAUCAUUGAAAUUAGACUGAAUACAGGUAGUCAUAUAAACUGCCCUCUCGUUCCAGCCUCAGUCGUGUCGAGAAGAGGUUUAUUAGACCCCAGACAACGUACUGGCACCUAAGCCUAGGGUCAGAAGUUAUCUUACUCCCUGGAGCUUGCUUCUUGAGGCACCAGUUAGUAAAGACAGCCUCAUCAGGCGAUUUAAUUCACAGUCAUGGUCCGAGCAAAGGUCAAAGGCAAUGCAGUAGAUUGCAGAUGCAUGCUAAGUGCCUAUAUAUGAAAGGACCUCAUGCAAGGCAUGAAAACAAGAAAAGACCAAAUGCACAUCUCAAUCCCAAUCCAAACCCAACCUCAAAAGCAAGUAUCAGACCAAGAUAGAAGUUGUUGUCGAGAGUUCCAAGUACCCGGUGACUCCCAUAGCUAUCAGGUCAUAAGAUCAAAAGACCACUUAAGCCUUGGAGAACUUGAAUCCAGGGGGAACACAGUAGGGGCUACCGCUAGGCUUGUAGAAGACACAAGAGGUCUUGGGGGGGCAGACGCCGGCGGCCUUUUGAAAGGUCAGUAACUUGUAUCUCCAGUGAAAGAGGAAAGGAGUGGUGAUGACUUACAACAUAUUUGCCGUUGACAUCGCAGACCUGCCAGCCAGUCUUGUCAGGAGUGCAAGAGUAGGAUCCGGGCUCGCAGCCCUUGGUGGAAGCAUCAAGGGGAGUGGCAGCGGCCAGGGAGACGAGAGCAGCGAGGGCGAUGGUGAACUUCAUGUUUGCGGUUGGUGGUUCCUUGUAAGAAGAAAGAUGUAGUAGAGCGAGAGUGUGUUUUUGUAGCGAGAGUUGAGAGUGUUUGAGUUGAUGAGGAUGGAGAAGAAAGUUUGGGAUCUGGAGGUUAGGAAGGGGAGUUUAUAUACUUGAUUUCCUCACGUAUCUUACUCUUUUCAUGGGCAUGUUUCUAUUAUUGCUUCAUGAGCUCAACUUGACUUACACGAGCUGACGGUGGAGAUCACGCCCAGCCUCAGUCCUAGAUUCAUGCUAUUUUGGUGCCAUAUUCCCCGUGGAGAGACGGGAGAUCGUCUUGCUAUACGAGGCUUACUCCAGAAUGUGACGAUGCACAAGGUAGUCAGUGUCUCUCGACUUCCAUUAUUCUAGCUCGUUCGCACUGGUUUCUGUCAAAUGGCAACGUUAACUCGUCAAGGGAGCUAGGCCGGGAGUGGCAUAUCGGACUCGCUUCUGGGCAAGCCACUUACACAACAUCACUAGAUAGUCACACGAUCUAAACUACCAGCCCUACAGAUGUGGUGUUACAGGUAUUUUUUACG